CGCUGCCCACGAGGCUCAGCGGGGCUGCGCGAGGGUAGUGGCUAAUCAGGAGGAGCUUCGGUCAACUGCUACCUGGCCACGGCGACAAGAACCCUCAGAUUCGCUGCUACCCUGAGGUGCCUGCCAUGCCUCACAUCGACAACGACGUCAAACUGGACUUCAAGGAUGUCCUGUUGAGGCCCAAACGCAGUACCCUUAAGUCUCGAAGUGAGGUGGAUCUCACAAGAUCCUUUUCAUUUCGGAACUCAAAGCAGAUAUACACUGGGAUCCCCAUCAUUGCAGCCAAUAUGGAUACCGUAGGCACCUUUGAGAUGGCCAAGGUUCUCUGUAAGUUCUCCCUCUUCACUGCUGUCCAUAAACACUACAGCCUCGAGCAGUGGAAAGAGUUUGCUAGCCGGAAUCCUGACUGUCUUGAGUAUCUGGCUGCCAGCUCAGGCACAGGCUCUGCUGACUUCGAGCAGCUGGGACAGAUCCUGGAUGCUAUUCCCCAGGUGAAAUAUAUAUGCCUGGACGUGGCCAACGGCUACUCUGAACACUUUGUUGAAUUUGUAAAGGAUGUGCGGAAGCGCUUCCCUGAACACACCAUCAUGGCAGGGAAUGUGGUAACAGGAGAGAUGGUGGAAGAGCUGAUUCUCUCUGGGGCUGACAUCAUCAAAGUGGGAAUUGGACCAGGUAAGCUGGUUCACUGGGGGCCACUGGCCACCGCUUCAGUGGCAGACACCUGCGGAGAACUUCCCUCUCAUCCUUGUCACGUUCUUCUCAGGCUCCGUGUGUACCACCCGGAAGAAGACCGGAGUGGGGUAUCCACAGCUGAGCGCAGUGAUGGAGUGCGCAGAUGCUGCCCAUGGCCUCAAAGGCCACAUCAUUUCCGUAAGGCCAAGGGCAGGGUAGGGUAUGAGGCUGCCAGACAUCUGGGUUCUCUGCCAGGUCUGGAGGCUCUGGUAGAGGUGGAUCAGGACUCCUGGGUUCCUGUCAGCUUUGAGGUGGGCCACUGGGACCUCCUAGAGGGCUUGGGGCAUCCAUGCUCUCUCUUCAUAGUGCUCCUUACUUUGCAGGAUGGAGGUUGCAACUGUCCCGGGGAUGUGGCCAAGGCUUUCGGGGCAGGAGCUGACUUUGUGAUGCUGGGCGGCAUGCUGGCUGGGCACAGCCAGUCAGGUGGUGAGCUCAUCGAGAGGGAUGGCAAGAAGUACAAGCUCUUCUAUGGCAUGAGUUCUGAAAUGGCCAUGAAGAAGUAUGCCGGGGGCGUGGCUGAGUACAGGGCCUCAGAGGGAAAGACAGUGGAGGUGCCCUUUAAAGGGGAUGUGGAACAUACCGUCCGAGACAUUCUUGGAGGCAUCCGCUCCACCUGUACCUACGUGGGAGCAGCUAAGCUGAAGGAGCUGAGCCGGAGAACUACCUUCAUCCGUGUCACCCAGCAGAAUGGGAGAGGGCGCCCACCUUUAAAAAAUAAAAUUCAGCGGUUGGAUUUGCUCCUCGCCAUGUCUUCUCACAAGACUUUCAGGAUCAAGCGAUUCCUGGCCAAGAAACAAAAGCAGAAUCGUCCCAUUCUCCAACAGAUUCGAAUGAAAACUGGUAAUAAAAUCAGGUGCAACGCUAAGAGAAGACAUUGGAGAAGAACCAAGCUGGGUCUAUAACGAGCCUCACAUAUGAAGUGGCACACAUUAUCAGAACAUCACUAGUGUCUGGAACAGCUGCCUGUGUUUGAUGCUCUCUUUUCUUGAUCUUUCCUCACCACUGCUCACUGUGUAUCUCAGUAAUAAAGAUGUGAACCUUUUGUUGGAAAAAAUUAAAAAAUAAAAUAAAAUUCAAAGUUUGAAAAGAUGCAUCAGAUUGUUAAUCUGGUUUUUUCUAGAUGGUGAGACUGCAGGAAAUUUUUGUACUUUUCUGUGUUUGAUAUGUUUUUUUUUAAAUCGUGUAGUUCUAAAAUAAAUAAAAUAGAUUUCCUUUUUCGAAUUUCUGUUGUGCGCUUACUCCAGUCAGCCCCCUAAUAUAGUUGACCGUUUUACUUGUCUUUCUCCUGUCACCGUUCCUAGUGUCUCUCCUUAUUUCCAUUGCCAGGGACAGAACCUUGGCACACAGUGUAUAUUUUUUGUUGACUGAAUUAAUUACCUGCUCUGACUACCUUACAGGGAUUUAGUGAAACUACCCUUUCCUUGGGACAUCUCCUUUCUUAGAUAUAAUGGCUGCUAUAUCCCUCCCUGUCUCCACUCAAGAUCAGUCUUCUGAGGUGAGCCACACAUUCGACUGCCCUUGGGACAUCUAGCUGGAAGUUCCAAAGUACCCAAAUUGGACAUCUACGAAAAUCUAUCUAUCUAUUCUAUCUUCCUUUUUACUUUUACCUUAAUUUAUUCUUUCCUUAAAGUUUUGCCUUUAUGUAGAUCUGAGUUUCUGACCUAUGUCACUUUCCUUCUUUCUGAAGAAUUUCUUUUAGCAUAUCUUGCAAGUUAGGUCUCCUGGCUACAAUCUCCCUCAAUUUUGUUUGAGAAACUAUUACUCCUUCACUUUUGAGAGAUAAUUUUGCUGGAUACAAAAGCCUAGGUUGGUGGGCUUUUUUACCUUCAACACUUUAAACAUUUCACUGCACUCUCAUCUUGCAUGGUUUCUGAAGAGAAGUCCGAUGUAAUUCUUUUUUAAAAUAUUUAUUAAUAUAUUUAUUUGGUUGCUCCAGGUCUUAGUUGCGGCAGGCGGGCUCCUUAGUUGUGGCAUGCGAACUCCUAGUUGCAGCAUGCAUGUGGGAUCUAGUUCCCUGACCAGGGAUCAAACCUGGGGCCCCUGCGCUGGGAGCGUGGAGCCUUAUCCACUGCACCACUAGGGAAGUUCCCCUGCUGCCCCGAAGUAAUUCUUACCCUUGCUCCUCUAUAGGUAAUAUGUCCCCCCCUUCUACCCCUCAAGUUUUGUUCAAGAUUUUCUCUUGGUCUUUGAUUCUCUGUUCAUCCUUCUUUUAAGGACAGGAGCGAGAACUUCUAAGCUCCUUACAUGCCAGACUGAAAACUCGAAGUUAUCUUCCAUUUUAAAUUCUGUUCUUUCUCCUGGCCUCUGUAUUUCUGUGCAUGGCACCUUUCUUUACCCAUGAGUCAGAAAACAAGACCAUCACCCUUAACUCUGUCCUCUCUCUUCUCCAAAUCUAAUCCCUCACCAAGUCUAAUCAAUUCUACUUCCUACAGAACUUUUAAACCUACCCCCCUUUUUUUUUCAUUCUCACUGACUGUAUCUUAUUUCAGGUUCCCUGUCUCUCACGUUGAGAAGACUCUGGUCUCCCCACCUCCAGCCCAACUCCUAAUUUCUUUUCCAUGUUGCUUUCAUCAUAAACCUGGUGAAAUGCAAAACUGAUCAUAUCAUCCCUAACUGAAAGCUCGCUCUUACUUUCAAAAGAAAGUCCAAAUUCCAAAAUAUGGCAAAAGGAUUUUUAAUGAUCUGGCUAAGUUUACCUCUUCAUCAACAUUCCUUGCCACUUUGCACUUAUCAUGCCUCCUCUUCAAACUGAUUGCAUUUUCCAAAUAUACUGUGUUGUCUCAUAUUUUGUGCCUUGCACAUACUGGAUGAUUCCUCUGUCCUUCUUGCCUCUUGGACUUGACUUUUUUUCAUCUCUUGUGGCUCAUCUGAUAACUACCUCCAUGAAACCCCUCAUAUUUCUCUUCCCAGGCUCCUCAGCAACAUCCGGUACAUCUUUUUUUUUUUUUCCACAGUGCGUGGCGUGUGGGAUCUUCAUUUCCUGACCAGGGAUUGAACCCGUGCCCCCUGCAGUGGAAGUGCAGAUUCUUGACCACUGGACUGCCAGGGAAGUCCCCUGUACAUCUUUUUAUCACCACCAUUGUCAGGCAGAAUAUGUUUUGCAAUGUUGUUGUAAGGAUUAAAUGAAUUAGUAAAUAUAAAGCACUUAGAACAGUACCUGGUUCCUAGUAAAUACUACAUAUGCAUUUACUGUAUUUUGAAUGUUUUCGUGUCUGUCACCCCCACUGUUGGGAGCCCCUUGAGGGAAGGACUUGCUUCUUUCUCAUACAUGUUAUGUCACUAGUGCCUCAUGCAGCUUCUGGUUCAUGUGUUCAUGGCUAACAUGAACAGCUCCUUUGUUAGUCCUCUGUGUCCUGCCCCAGGAGCCCCUUGUCUUGCAAACCUUCUCAAACUCAAAGGAUCAAGACUAGAGGUUGGCACUUAGAACAUUGGGAACUCGUGGCUACUCCUGGCCCAAGAAGGGUGGAGGCAAGGAGAGCAUGGAAAAAGUACAGAAAGAAGAAAAAUGGAAGGUCAUUGUCCUCAAUAAUUAGCGUGCAUAGGAGUCAAACCCCUUAGUGAGAUUAUUAAAAUACAGACUUCUUGGCCUCUGCUCCAGGGAUUCUGAUUCAUGAGGUUUAUUCUGGGGCCCAGACAUCUGAAUUCUUUUUUUUUUUUUUUUUUUUUUUUUUUUUGCGGUACGCGGGCCCCUCACUGCCGUUGCCUCUCCCGUUGCGGAGCACAGGCUCCAGACGCGCAGGCCCAGCGACCAUGGCUCACAGGCCCAGCCGUUCCGCGGCAUGUGGGAUCCUCCAGGACCGGGGCACGAACCCGUGUCCCCUGCAUCGGCAGGCGGACUCUCAACCACUGCGCCACCAGAGAAGCCCCAGAAAUCUGAAUUCUUAAUAAAAAACUCAGAUGAUUUUAAUGCAAGUGGUCUGGAGAUUAUGCUUGAAGAAUCCUGGGGUAAGAGAACAGUUUCAUUCAAACCAAAGCCCAGAUCCUCCAAAGGUCACCCAAAGGAAAAUUUCCAGGUAGAAGAGAGCUAUACAAAGGGUGUCUCUGAGACUCACCUUCCCUCACAGUUUCCUUUCUCUGGUGAGGGACACUAGUCCCUGUAUCAGUGGAUGGGACCACGUAUCUGUCCUGUUCCAUGAGCCAGAAACCUGGUGUUUAGCUUUAUUGCUCCUUUCCACCCUCCACCCAGCCACGUCCCAUCCUUCCCCAAGCCCUGUGAAUUUUCCCUCCUAGAUAUUUCUCCAAGUUUUCCACCUCUGUCUCCAGCACCACUUCUCUGGCCCAAAUCACCAUCUCUAGCAUAAAAUAUUACAGCUGUCUUCCAAUCUGUGUCUCUGCAUCCACUCCAGCCCCGCUCCAAUCCAUUACUUGACACCACAGGCAGAAUAAUCUGUUCAAAACACACAAUGUGAUCAUGUCACCUCCAAUUCCUUAAACUUUCCAAAGGCUUAAAGUGGCCUAUGGGGCCCCACAAGGCUCUGUCCUGCAUCUCUCAGCUUCACCUUCUCCACUCUGCCCCUUGCUCUCCUUGCUUUAGCCACA